AUGUGCACUGUCAUAUAUGGUACAGCGAUGGAGCUAAACCUCACUACCGGUCCCGUCAGAGUACUCGACCGUUACCGCCGCACCUUUUUUCGCGCCACUGCGGGCGCGCGAGUGCUGUCCUCUGCCGACGUAGUAAACGCCCGUUUCGGGAUCCACUGUUCGGAUGCGGCCGGUUCCAUCAACAGCAACGCCGGCACUCAUAGCGCCCGUGGGAUGAGCCCUGCUACCACCAAUGGCCGAUGCCAAUCUGGGGAAGUCGCCAAGAAGGGGCGGAGGGUAGGCAGGCAGGCGCAAGUGAUAGCCGAGGUCAGCUCGCCAACGGACCAGAGGGAGGACGUGACGUUUUCCCAGGGGAAGUUUCCGUACAGUUGA